UAAGGACCUAAACUUUCGUUUCUUUCCUCGGGUACGUACUGCUCUGGCAGAUGAACGCUAACGCAACAAUCCUCUUCCGUGAUGAUCCUGGUGCUCAUAUGACUACAGCACAGCAAUGCGUGUAGUGUGUGCUCCAACUUUAAUUCUCAUUAGCGUAACAAUAUGUUGUUCCUUGACAGAAAAGCUGUCAAAUGGUUCAUCUCCAAACAUUAUCAUCAUGCUCAUGGAUGACAUGGGCUGGGGGGAUUUAGGGGUGCUUGGUCAGCCCUCCAAAGAGACCCCUAAUCUUGAUGCCAUGGCAGCUCAGGGGAUACUUUUAACAAACUUCUACACCGCAAACCCACUUUGUUCCCCAUCGCGAGCUGCGCUCCUCACUGGGAGGCUGCCGGUGAGGAAUGGAUUCUACACCACUAAUGCUCAUGCCAGGAAUGCUUACACGCCACAGGAGAUUGUGGGAGGAAUCUCCAAGGAUGAGAUUUUGUUGCCUGAAAUGCUAAAGAAAAACGGUUAUAUCAGCAAGAUUGUUGGCAAGUGGCAUCUGGGCCACAGGCCGCAGUACCUACCUCUGGAGCAUGGUUUUGACGAAUGGUUCGGUUCCCCAAACUGCCACUUCGGCCCUUACAACAGCAGCGUCCGACCCAACAUCCCCGUCUACAACAACUCUGAGAUGAUUGGAAGAUACUUUGAGGACUUUAAGAUUGAUCUACGGACCGGAGAGUCGAACCUCACUCGGAUGUAUUUGAUGGAGGGCCUGGACUUCAUACGGCGUCAGACUGAAGCCAAGCAGCCCUUCUUCCUCUACUGGGCCGCUGAUGCCACUCACUCCCCGGUCUACGCCUCCAAAAGCUUCCUGGGGAAGAGUCAGCGAGGCCGGUAGGCAGAGCUGCACAAGAUGA